AUUCCCUUUUUUUGACUUCAUUUAUUCCGACUUGUUAUACCUAAUUCAUGUAUUCGACUGAUAUUAACAAUGCCAUGCAAAAGAAUAACUAUUCCUUUUUAAACGUGGACCCUUUUCCUUUUACAAAUGCUAAUUUGGAUGACCCUAUUAACAUGCCACCACUUGACGAUGAAGAUGGUUAUGAAACCAGUCCUUCUUUUACAAAAAAAACGUUAAGUAAAGCGGAACGACGUGCAGAACACAAUGCUAUUGAAAGAGCAAGACGUGAAAGCUUGAAUAACAAAUUCCAACAAUUGGCGCAGGCGCUACCAAAUUUGAUGAAUUAUCGUCGACCUUCUAAAAGUCAAAUUGUGGAAAAAGCAUUGGAUUGGGUCAAGAAAAGUAUCUCCCGUGAAGAAAGAUAUAGAUAUCAGGUCAUUCAAUUACAAAAAGAAAACAAAAGAUUAUUAGCUCAACUUAUGGCCAAUUCUACUUCUUCAACUUCUCCUACAACUUCAAUAUCUACUCCAACUACUACUACUACUAAUGAAAUUCAUCAUUUGCAAUAUCAACGACAACAACCCAAUGUUACCCCUUCACCUUCAACUACUACUGCAUCUUCUCAUUCAUCAUCAUCCAUUCGACAUCCUUUUAUUGAUUUUACUACAACAACUUCUAUUCCUGAACUUCAACAACAAAAUCAAUCUCUUUUGUACGAUCUUCCACCUCAAUCUUCUUGGUUAUCUACUCAAAGUCCUCCAUCAUUGACUAGUCAUACAUAUGCUUCUAUGGAUGAUCUUCAUCAUGUUUACGAUAGAAAAGAUUUGGAUCCAGUUGUUUUCCAAUCACCAUCAACCGAAUUGUAUCUAGAUUCAAUGAUGAUAUCAAAUACCAACAAAUUUCCAACAAAUAUUCAACCGAUGGUAUCUCGAUCAACUCCUGCAUUUUCAUCUUCACGACGUAGAUAGUUUAUUGUUUACCCCACUCUUCACCAUCAUUGGGUUUGUUUCACCCCUGCAAGAUAUUCCCUUUUUUCUCCUCCGAACGAUUUAGCUUUGUACACCAUCUUGUAUUCUCUAGUUCAGUAUUGAUUACUGCUUUUAUUUAUUUAUUUAUUUUGGAUUCCUUUUUUGUCUUUUUUUUUUUAUAUAUAUAAUAAAGCAUUCUCAU